GAGAGAGAGAGAGAGAGAGAGAGCGCUCUCCAGGUUGGCGCAGGCACCGGUCCGGGAGAAAGGAGUUGAGCACGGCGGCAGCAUGGCUUCGUCUCACGGGAGAAGCGACCUGCGGUUCGCAGACUGGAUGGCAAGUUUACCGCAGAGCAUGCACACUAUCCCGCUCACCAACCUGGCGAUUCCCGGCUCACAUGAUUCCUUCAGUUUCUACAUCGACGAGGCAUCUCCAGUGGGCCCCGAGCAGCCGGAGACGGUGCAGAACUUUGUUUCUGUUUUUGGCACGGUGGCCAAGAAGCUAAUGAGGAAGUGGUUAGCUACACAGACUAUGAACUUCACCAGCCAACUGGAGGCAGGGAUCCGCUUCUUUGACCUGCGCAUCUCCACCAAGCCCCGUGACCCCGACAAUGAGCUGUACUUCGCCCACGGGCUCUUCAGUGCUACGGUCAGAGAAGGUCUAGAGCAGAUCAGUAGUUUCCUGUCAGCUCAUGCCAGAGAGGUCGUGUUCCUGGACUUCAACCACUUCUAUGGUGUGCAGAACUUGCACCAUGAAAAGCUGGUGGCCAUGUUAAAAGAGGUGUUUGGAGAGAAACUCUGCCCAGUUGUCUUCGCUCAGGAGGUGACUCUGCAGUAUCUGUGGGAGAAGGAGUAUCAGGUACUGGUCUUCUACCAUCACCCCAUGGCCCUUGAGGUGCCCUUCCUGUGGCCAGGCCAGAUGAUGCCCGCUCCCUGGGCCAACACCACUGAUCCAGAGAAGCUGGUUCAGUUUCUCCAGGCGUCUGUCACUGACCGCAGGAGGAAGGGGACAUUCUUUGUCUCCCAGGUGGUUCUGACACCAAAGGCCAGCACUGUGAUGAAGGGUGUGGCCAGUGGACUGAGAGAGACGAUCACAGAAAGGGCCUUACCAGGCAUGAUGCAGUGGAUCAGAUCGCAGAGACCUGGGGAGAGCGGCAUCAACAUUAUCACAGCUGACUUUGUGGAGCUCGGAGAAUUCAUCAGUGCUGUCAUCACCCUCAACUAUCACCUGGACGAAGAUGACGAUGAUGCCACCUGAGAGCCUGCUGUGGGUGUGAGAGAGCACAACCACCACCACUGCUUCCAGUGGCUGGGUCUGUGUUCUCACUCUUUUCUCUUUGGCAUUUAUUUCAGGAGGGGAGCUGCACUGCUCCUUUCACUUUAUUUAGGGCUAUAGUGAAUUGAGAGAGCACAUGGAAAAGGUGGUUGAGGAAAGACAAGUUGGGAUUAGUAGAAACAACACUGGUGUUUGGUUUGAGCACUAAGAGAAUGAGAUUUUGUUUGUUUCCUACUUUUGGGGAUCAAAAUGUUUUGUUUUUUCAAUUUUCUUUACUUCCUGUGCUGUAAAAAUAACUGCUUUUUCCACUGAUCUAAUUGACUGUUUCCAGCCUUACCACUUCAUCAAGGGUAGAUUCCUCAGAGCAUAUCCACUUUCUGCUAAAUGUAUUGGUACAUCCUUCUUGAUAUUCUAGUGACAGUAAGUUUUUUUUCUGAGGUUGUUUUAAAUAAGUCUGUGUAACUUAAACCACUCAGAUUGUUGGCCAGUGUAAGUAGCUAGCAGUUGUUCGUCUUGUUUGGAAAAUCUAAGACAAUUCUUUUUUUUUCUUUUUUUUCCCCUAACAGUAUGCAUCCCUGGUUAAAUCACUGCAGUUGUUUCUGAGAACACCUUCAGUACUUUUCAGUGCAGUGUGUGUUUAAAAACUUAUAAUAUUGUGUUUACCCAAUACACAGACAAGAAAUUAAGUCAGCUUGCAGCCUAGACAUUGAGCACACACCUGUGCACAUUGGUUAACCACUAAUUCACCUCCUUGCCCAAAACCACUAAGAGACAGACAAAGAGUGCAGCUUGACUAGCCAAGAGAAAAGUACCAAUCAUGUUAUGUGUGCUUAAUCUUUUUGUGCAUCUCGAUUUCAAGACAAACAUCAGCUGUCACUGCAAGGUACAGAGCGACAGAAAAAAUAAUUUGUUUAGGACAGCUAUAAAUGCAAUCAAUGUUACUAGUUAUUUUUAAUGGGUAGGAAUCCGGCGUGAUACAUUUAUUGGAUUUUGUGGUGGGUGCUGAAUCGUGACAGUUGAGUAUAAAAAUACAGUACAUCUGGAUACAAGAAUGUACCCACUGUCUGUGGUUCCUCUGCUGAAUGCUUGCCCCGUAUAUGUGCGUCUAUACUUGCUGCUGUAGUGCAGCACAUAUGAGUCAUCAUGAGAUGUAUCAGUGUUGUGUCUUUCGUAAUAACAGGUGAUAAAGUUGCUUAACACUCACACAGAGACCCAUUUUACUUCAAGUCAGAAAAGUUUGAACAUCAUAAUUUGGAGUCAUGAUGUGACACCAGUGAUUUGACACCCGGACAGUAAUACAGUAAAUGUUUAGUUAAGGUCUAGCCGUAGCUCUUUGGUGUCUACUUCAUUAGGUGUUUCAUAUUUCGGAAUGUUUCCGAAUCCCCCAAUUUUUGCUAUAUCAAUAUUGGUGCAAUACAUUUAUUAUACUCUGAUUUUUUUAAAAUGUGUUUUUAUUGCAUUUCAUUCGUUACCCUGCAAUUUCUAAUUUAAGAUGGAAAAGAACAUUGAAAUGACACCUGGGAAGACAAUGGAAAUAUUUUUAUUGCAAGGUUUUACACAUUAUGCAUGAAAAAAACAAAAUCGCAUAGUCGUCAAUCAUCCACACACCUUCUGAUCAGUGUGGCAUUUUCUGCAGAGAAUGUAUUCUGUAAGGACUUUGUUGUCUAGUUUGGUAAUGUAAAGCCAGAAACAGGAAACUCAACCCUUUGGAUUUGUGAAUGUAUGUGUCUUGUGAGUAACUGUGCCAUUUCUAAAAGUCUCAUGUGAUUGAGUGACUGAGUAUCAGCUAGAAAGUCAUGUUUGUACCGUAUGCUUAAAUGUGAAAAUGAGUUCAAGUUUUAGAGUUCAAACAGUACUUCUUUGACUUCAGUGUGGUUUCAUGUUAAAAUGUUUUAUAUCGUGAAAAGUUUGUACAUACUGUAACUGCAAAUAGUAUACUGCCGAUAAAUUGUAAAUUAUUAAAACUACUGCGAAGAAGUCAUUGACAAUAGUUUCUUAACGUGUAGCUUAACUGAGCUAUCAUACUGCUUCUUGGUUUUCAUAUUUAUUUGGUACUUCACUGUUGUGCAUGAAUCAAAAACUUCUACAUAUACCUUAGAAGGGUUCAUGAGGUUUGUGCAUAACUUCUGUUAUUUUAUGCAUAUUGUUCUUCAGAGCAUGGAUGCAUCUCAGCUGGAAAUGUUUUUACCCUUUAAAACAAAUCUCCACAUUAAUUUAUUUUUUAAAUGUCACACUGCUACUACGCCAUUCAGAUUAAGAAUGAACCCACACAAAUGAGCAGACUUGAAAAGGCUUGCAAAUUGUGUUGUAAGGACAUUUGUGUCUUCCCUGGUCCAAACUGUUGUCGUUGCCUUUAUGUUCUGGUGUGAAAAGAGUCCCUUGCUGUUGUAAAACUCAAAAACUUUCAUUCCAAUGAAAGUGACUCUGUUCUAAG